AUGGCUACAUCAGCAACACCUGGUGGCGGCGGGGUUUCUCCCAUCAAGAGCUUGACCAACUAUGCAUCGUAUAUCCCAGAGGGAAGCAAAAGGCCGCGAAUUGGACAUCUUGACCUGGACUCCAACACCGUCACACCUCUCUCUUACAUCUCCGGCACACCGAUAAGGAGUCUUUACGAGGUGAUUGAAGUGGGCGAAGACGCCAUCAUCCAAGCCGGAGAGCCGUUCCCGCGGAGCAAGGCGAGAUUGUUACCCCCGAUUUAUGGCCGGGAUAUUCUUGCCGUUGGGAAGAACUAUGCAGCCCAUGCCAAAGAGUUCAAUGCUUCCGGCUAUGACAGCUCUGACAAGGUCGAUAUGCCAACUCAUCCCGUCAUCUUCACCAAGCGGUGGACAUCUGCUAUCGCAGAUGGGGACGAGAUAUUCCCCCAUCCAGGCUUCACCGAGUCGGUGGACUAUGAAGGCGAGAUCGGGGUCAUUGUAGGCAAGUCUGGAUUCCAGAUUGACGAAAAGGAUGCCCUCGAGCAUGUCUGGGGGUUUACCAUUAUCAAUGAUGUGACGGCUCGCGAACGGCAGCGGGACCAUAAGCAGUUUUACCUGGGGAAAUCACCCGAUACCUUUGCGCCAAUGGGUCCGAUCGCGGUCCCAAAGGAGCAUCUUCCAAAGGUGCUUACUGUCCAAACUGUCGUGAAUGGCGAGAAGCGACAGGAAGCGACAACCGACGACUUGAUCUUCAGCAUCCCGACAUUGAUCGAGACACUGUCCGCAGCGCAGACACUGCAACCAGGGGAUGUGUUGGCCACUGGAACCCCGGCCGGUGUUGGAUUUGGCUUUGAUCCCAAGGUGUGGCUGCACCCUGGCGACGAGGUCAAGAUCUCCGUAACAGGCCUUGGAACCUUGACAAACAAAAUUGCGAGUCCAGAGUCGAGGAUUAGCAUCCUCAAUCACAUUGUCUCGCCUGCCGUGCCCGUUGUGAAUGACCGGACGGUCGAGGGCCGUGGACUCAGCUCUGUUGGCUCGAAGCGGCUGUUCUACCAGCGAAAAGGCGGUGAUGAUGCUGGGCGGCCCAUCUAUUUCAUUCAUGGACUCGGCGGCACUUCAGAAUAUUUCGGCCCACUAAUGACAAGGCUGGGGAACUCCUGGACAUAUCACCUGGCAGAUCUCGAGGGCCACGGGCUAUCGCCCACAUCCGCGACGAGCAAGCUGAGCAUCGCUUCUUUUGCCUCGGAUGCGUAUCAGCUUUGCUCCCAGGCAGGUAUCACCUCCGAGUCCGGCCUCACCGUGGUCGCACAUUCGAUGGGCUGCUUGGUUGCGAUGAAACUGGCCCUGGAUCAUCCGGAUUUGGUCAAGACGCUCAUCCUGCAAGGGCCCGGCCCUUCACCGCUCCCAGAAGCCGCCAGCAAAGCCACAUACGCCAGGGCUGCCCUUGCUCGGGAAAAGGGCAUGCUGGGGGUGGUGGAUGCGGUCGUGGGCGCAGGCACAUCCGAUUACAGCAAGGCACAUAAUCCUCUCGCAAUCGCCGCCGCUCGAGUCUCCUUGUUGGGACAAGACGCCGAAGGAUAUGCAAAGGCCUGUACUGCACUGGCAGACUCGCGCGCCGACACGUUGGACAUCUCAGCGUUGAAGGCGAGAGUGUUGAUCAUCACGGGAGAGGAGGAUAAAGUGUCGCCGCCGGAUAUGUGCAAGAGGAUGAAGGAACAAAUGCCCAACUGCGAGGAUGUUGUUGUGCUUCCGCAGGUUGCGCAUUGGCACUUGUUUGAAGCAACCGAGAGUGUUUGUUCAGCUGUCACCGACUUCCUGGGUAAGUAA